GACGCGGAACUCGGCCAUGGAACGCACGUCGGGGACUCGAGAGCCCCGGACUCGGCCGAGAGAGCGGGAUCCAGACCGGCACCCUCGCCCGGACCGAGAUCGCCACCCCGAGCGACAGUGGGACAGAGCUGGGGACCCACGAAGGGAGAGAAACGGGGGAGAGCGAAGGGACAGGGACCGCGACAGGGAAAGGAGGGACCGCGACAGGGAAAGGGACCGACACUCCCACCAGGACAGACACAGGGCUGGGGACCAUCGUGGAAGUGAACAAAGAGUCCCAGAAAAAUCUCGCCCAAGUCGGACGCGGGACGGACCCCGGCAGCCGACUUGGGACCCAGCCCCGCCACCCUGGCCCGCGCCUUGGGAAACCCCGAAGCCACCAUCCUCGCGGAAGGGGGGCCUUGAACGCCGCGGACCAGAAAGUGAACGCACUUCAGGGAGAUAUCAGCUCUCGAACCCUGGGCCUGGGCUAGAGGAAGUGGAAUAUUACCAGUCAGAGGCUGAAGGACUCCUGGAAUGCCACAAGUGCAGAUACCUGUGCACCGGGAGAGGUGUGAUACAGAUAGUGGAGGUGAUACUGAAUGGGAUGGUUCUCAUGUGUAUCGUGGCCUCCUACUUUGUCCUUGCGGGAUUCAGCGCCAGCUUUGCCAGCGGCGGCGGCUUUGGGAACAAUUAUUACUCACCGUUUGAGGGCACUGAGCUGGAGCAGGUUCGGCAGCUGGACCAGCAGUACACGAUCCUCCGGGCACCACUGAUAUACGGCGGCGUGGCUGUUUCUCUGGGGCUGGGUGUCCUCACCAUGGGUGUUUUACUCCGAGGAGCCAAGAGUCUAAACAAACUGCCGAGGAGGUGGCUCCUGCUGGAGGCCGCCUUCAGCCUCCUGGCAGCAGUGGGCUACUGCGCGGGCAUCGGUGUUUACCUCCACGCGGCCUUGCAGAUCAAUGCCACAGACACCUGCAGGACACGAGAGAGGGUUUAUGCCCGCAAGGGUCUCACCUGGAUGAACUGCCAGCUGGCAGGCACAGAUGGAGCAGCAGCCACCUUUGCCUGUCUGCUGGUGAUGAUGUACGGUGCCAGCGUGGUGCUGGCCCUGCGGGGCUACCGGGAACAGAAGCACAACCAAGCCAGCCGAGAACCGCACAGAGGCUACGCGGACGCACCGGAAUACCUGUGGUCUGGAACACUCUGAGUCUUCUUCGGGAACCUAAAAGUCAACCCACCUCCCUUGCUUCUCUCAAAAAGACGGGUCCAUGAAAAUCGAGCAUGAGGCAAAUGUUUUGACAUUCUUGAUUUUGUGAGCGCUUCCUUUGGCACCAGUGCAAAGCUAGACAACCAUCCCAUUUUUCCAUCAAUGUCUUGUUGGCUGAGAGCUUGAAAAAAAUACCUCCGCCUUUGCUACAAAGCCUACAUCUAAGUUUGCCUAUCGUACAGUUAUGAUUUGGCUCAGUGUUUACAGGAGAGAUAUCUUGAUUGUCCCAACGAAAGUCACUAAGAAAAACAUGCCAUUCCACCCCCCACCCCCCGAGAGCUGUGCUUGAUCCCAGAGCAAUGAUUUUAAUCCCAGUUGAGAUUCCAGCUGAGAAAUUACCUUCUGACUCUCUCCCGGAGGACAACUCUCCUGCCCAUAGGACAGUGUAUGGUGACCACACAGUAACCUCAUGGGUCCCAGGAAGCCUUUCUCCAUCAGAGGCCGGAGGCCGGAGGCCGGAGGCUGGAUCCCUGGUGCCUGAGGGCAGGUGCUUUCAGCCUGCUUGUUCCUUCUCGGGAUCCCUGUGUUAGGGCUCAGAGAAAAUGAUUUUUGCCGCUUUUCCAAGCCAGUUUCUUUUUGUGUCAAGUCACUCGACUGGAAUUCACUUUCCUGAAGUACUUUAUAAUUUCCUGAAAUAUGAGGCUUUCAAAUAGUGAGAAAUAAAAUUCACCAACUUCUUAACUGUGUUAUUCAGCUGCCUGCAAAGAUAAAGCCGUUGAUUUUCCUUGGAGGCUUCUUUAUUUCUGCAUCCCUUCCAGCGCCCUACAGAGUAGGUUUUCCAUUUUGAUUGUAAUCUCUCCUGACCCUGAAUCGUUUCCAUAAGGUAACAGAUCAUUAACACCGAAUCUCAAAAAUAAAUUUCUUUCAAUAAUUUUAA